CCUUUGUCUGCCCGGACCCGGUGCGCUCCCUCGGCCAUCGGCGGGGCUGGGCGAGCAGCGUCCCGCGGAGCGCCCGGUUCUUCUGGAGGAAGUCUCUGGACCCCUGAGGAUGGAGCAGGAGGAGAAGCCAUCUAGGAAGAAUCUGCUGGACAUGAGGUUCUGUGGGAUGCCUGGCACCCAUGGCACAGGAAAGGGCUGGGAUGGCAUCAAGUGUGAGAUCGUGGUGAAAAUGGAGCCGGAGGAUGAGUCCUGUGCUGGGUGUCCCCAGGGCCUGGGGACUGAGCCUGCCACCAUUUCCAGCAUCUCCAGGGCUGACAUCAAAGUGGAGCCCAUGGUGAAAAGCGAGGAUGAGGCAUUUGGUGCUCACUGCCCCAGCUCCCAGCAGGAGGAUGUGUCUCGGCAGCCCACUGCCUUGCCCACCAUAGCAGCACACUCUCUGCGUGCAGGUGGUUCCAAUCCUGAGGUCAUUGUGAAGGUGGAACCAGAGGAAGAGGUAUCAGACAUCGAGUGUCCCCGAGGAUCGGGUGUCCCAGGAGGUGCCAGCCACUGCAGUGGAGCAGAUGGUGACAGCAAGCAGUGGCCCAAGGAGGAACCAGAGGAGGAAGAGGUGACCCUGCCCUCAGCAGAGCUGGUGAAGAGCCAAGGGGCUGUGUCCUCUGUGGAACCUCUCAGCCCCCAACCCCGCAUCAGCCAGUGGACAGUGUGGCAGGUGCAGGGCACUAUGGCUGAGCUCCAGCACAGCCCGGCAGCACCUGAGUCCCAGGCACUCUGUCUGGAGAAGGUGAUGGUUCCGGUGGCACCAAUGGGCAGCACUGGGCAGAACGCCCUAUCUGCCUGUGGGAAGGGCACCGCCAUGGUCAGAGGCAGCACUGAGCCAUCACAGUGUCCCCGUGGCCAUGCUGCCGAGCGUCCCUUUGUCUGCAGCGAGUGCGGGAAGAGCUUCCAGCACCGGGGGAACCUUGUCACCCACUUGCGGGUGCACACCGGGGAGAAGCCCUUUGCCUGCAGCGAGUGUGGCAAAAGCUUCAGCCAGAAGGGUGACUUAAUGCGGCACCAGCGCAUCCAUACUGGUGAGAAGCCCUUUGAGUGCACUGUCUGUGGCAAGAGCUUCUGCUCCAAGCAGACCUCCAUCCUGCACCAGCGCAUCCACACUGGCGAGAAGCCCUUCUCCUGCACAGAGUGUGGCAAGAGCUUCAACCGCAAGGCUAACUUCACUACCCACCAGAAGAUCCACCGCGGCGAACGGCCCUUCAUCUGCGCCGAGUGCGGCAAGGGCUUCUGCGCCAAGAAGACCUUCAUCCUCCACCAGAAGAUCCACAUUGGUGACAGACCCUUUGGCUGCUCGGAGUGCGGCAAGAGCUUCAGCCGCAACGGUGACCUGACGCGGCACCAGCGCAUCCACACCGGCGAGCGGCCCUUUGCCUGCGGCGACUGUGGCAAGUGCUUCAGCCACAAUGGUGAGCUGAUCAAGCACCAGCGCAUCCACACCGGCGAGAAGCCCUUUGGCUGCACCGAAUGUGGCAAGAGCUUUAACCGCAAAGGUACCCUCAUCACCCACCAGCGCAUCCACACCGGUGAGCGGCCCUUUGCCUGCCCCGAGUGUGGUAAGACCUUCAACCUGAAGACCACGCUGAUGAAGCACAAGCGUAUCCACACCGGCGAGCGUCCCUUCACCUGCCUCGAGUGUGGCAAGAGCUUCAAGUACAAGGGCAACCUCCGGACCCACCACCUCACCCACACGGUGAAGCGGGUCUAUCCCUGCACCGAGUGCGGCAAGGUCUUCAGCCACAAGAAGGAGCUGACGGUGCACCAUGGCGUGCACACCAAGGAGAGGAUCCUCUCCUGUUACCAUGACAAAGAGUCCUUCCCUCCCUUCCUUCCUAUGCACCCACUCCUUGUGUCCUGUGCCCAGCUCCCAGUGCAGUUGGAUGCCUUGGCCAAAAUGAAUGAGGGUGUGCCGAGGCUCCGCAGCGCAGCCUCUGCCCCGAGCAGCUCCGUCCGCGUGGAGGCAGCGAUCAGCGCCAGCAAGGAUGGCGCAGGCAGAGCUGCAGCCUUUAGUCUCCGGGGAGUGCAGCCCGUUCUGGCUCGGGGAGGUCGGCAGGAUGGGCCCCCUGCUUCGUGCAUACGUGGGUACGAUCGCUUGGCGUGGCACAGCGGCUGGCUCCGAGCUGCUCCUGCAUGCGGCCGCUCCGUGCGUGCCCAUCCCUGCCACAUGCCCCCGCCAGGCACCGCUCCGGCACGGCCAGAGCCCUCCGUAAUGCCUGGCGGCCCUCCAGCAGGUCCGGUGCGCACAGGGCCGGAGGCGAUCGGCCGUAAACAGCCGAGAGGCGCCAUCGGCACCCGGCUGGCUGCUGGCGGUGCCGGGAGGCGCUGCAGAGGCAGCGCUCAGGGUCCCUGCUGGCGCCCGCGGGCGCAGAGAGCGCCCCAGAGCGCCGCCUGUGGCCGGCCAAUGGCGUGGGCGCUGCAGGUCCCGUGUCGGGGAGGGCGGUGCCGAGCGGGGCGGAGCCAGCGGCGCUGGGCGGAGCUGUGUCCGGCGCUGGCGGCGCACAGCCGGGAGGGGCGUGGCUGGGGCCGGCAGCGGCUGCAGGCUGCAAUUGCUGUGUGGCAGGUCCCAGUGACCUUCGAGGACGUGGCUGUCUACCUGAGCCGUGCCGAGUGGGAGGCCAUCACCGAGGAGCAGCAGGAGCUCUACCGCAGCGUCAUGCUGGACGUCUAUGAGCUCCUGACAUCCCUGGGCAUUCAAGCAGAGCCCAUGAUGAGAAUCAAGGACAAGGUGCUUGGUGGUCACCACCCCAGCUCCUCACGCGAGGAUGUGUCCCAGCAGCCCACUGCCUGUGAUGCUAUUCCUGAAGUAAUUGUGAAGGUGGUACCAGAAGAAUUGUCAAACAUUGGAUGUCCCAAAGGAUCAGGUGACCCAGAAGGUCCCAGCCACAGUGUUAAAGCAGAUGAUGAGCAGAGGCACAAGGAGGAGGUGACGGAAGCAGUGGCAGAGCUGGUGGAGAAUCAGAGAACAUUGUUGUCAGGGGAUUCCCUCAGCCACCAACCCCAUCAGCCUGAGCCCCUGGGUCUCUGCGUGGAGAAGGUGACAGCUCCAGUGUCCAGCGGUGGGCAGAUGACAAUCUAUGCCUGCACAAAGGGAAUCACCAUGGUCAAACAACUGACACCUCCCAGUGACCACAUGGACAAAGGUCCCUUUGCCUGCAGCGAGUGUGGGAAGCACUUCCCCCUGAAGAGCAAACUGGUACGGCACUCUAACACCCACACCAGUGAGAAGCCCUUUGCCUGCCCAGAGUGUGGCAAGAGCUUCCGCCAGAAAAGCAGCUUGGUCUCCCACCAGCGCAUCCACAGCGGCGAGAAGCCCUUUGUAUGCACAGAGUGCGGCAAGAGGUUCAACCAUAAAGGCAGCCUGGUGUCCCACCAGCGCAUCCACACUGGUGAGGAGCCCUUUGCCUGUACCGAGUGUGGCAAAAGGUACAACCACAAAAGCAACCUGAUCUCCCACCAGCGCAUCCACACCGGUGAGAAACCUUUUGCCUGCACUGAGUGUGGCAAGAGGUUCAAACACAAACUCAGCCUGGUCACUCACCAGCACAUCCACACUGGCAAAGAGCUUUUCACCUGUGCCGAGUGCAGCAAGUCAUUCAUGUACAAAAGCACCCUGGCCUUACACCAGCGCAUCCACACUGGGGAAAAGCCUUUUGCCUGCACCGAGUGUGGCAAGUGCUUCAACCACAAAGGUAGCCUGGUCUCUCACCAUCGCAUCCACACUGGUGAGAAGCCCUUUGCCUGCACUGAGUGUGGCAAGUGCUUCAACCACAAAGGCACCUUGGUCUCUCACCAGCGCAUCCACGAUGGUGGGAAGCCCUUUCCCUGUACCAAGUGUGAUAAGAGCUUCAACCAUAAAGGCAGCCUUGUCUCCCAUCAGUGCAUCCACAUGGGCAAGGAGCCCUUUGCUUGCACUGAGUGUGGCAAGAGGUUCAACCAGAAAAGCAACUUGGUCACCCACCAGCGCAUCCACACUGGGGAAAAGCCCUUUGCCUGUACUGAGUGUGGCAAGAGCUUCAACCACAAAAUCAGCCUGGUCAACCAUCAGCACAUCCACACUGGCGAGAAGCCCUUUGCCUGCAAUGAGUGUGGCAAGAGCUUCAAUCACAAAGUCAGCCUGGUCUACCACCUGCGUGUCCACACUGGUGAGAAGCCUUUUGCCUGCACUGAGUGUGGCAAGAGCUUCAAUGACAAACGCACCCUGGUCAAACACCAGCGGAUCCACACCAGUGAGAAGACCUUUACCUGCUCUGAGUGUGGCAAGAGCUUCAAGCACAAAGUCAGCCUAGUGUCCCACCAGAACAUCCACAGCGGCAAGAAGCCCUUUACAUGUACUGAAUGUGGCAAGAGCUUCUACCACAAAGUCAGCCUCAUCUCCCACCAGCGCAUCCACAAUGGUGAAAAGCCCUUUGCCUGCACUGAGUGUGGCAAGAGCUUCUACCACAAAGUCAGCCUGGUCAACCACCAGCGCAUGCACACUGGCGAAGAACCUUUUGCCUGCCCUGAGUGUAAAAAGAGCUUCUACCACAAAAGUAGCCUCCUAUAUCACCAGCGCAUCCACACUGGAGAGAAGCCCUACACCUGCUCAGACUGUGGCAAGAGCUUCAUGCGAAAAUUCCAACUUGUCAACCAUCAUUGCACCCACAUCAGUCAGUGAGACUCUGCCUGGGGAUGCAGUGUUCUGUUGCCGGUGGAGCACCUGGGAAAAAUGACUCUGUUCACCAGUAUGGUUAGAUGGUCAUAGUCUCUUUUAUUUCCGUGAUGCAGAGACUUAUAUGCUUUUUAGCAAGAGGCGUGCUCCACUAAGAUUGGUUACAUAUAGAGGGUACAGGGUUACAUGUGAAGCAUGGAUAGGGUAAUAUACCAUAACAAUCUGAGGGUCAGCCUCUGGGGCUGGCUAACUCUGCCCACAUGCAGCCUACACUCCACCCCCUGCAGCUGCAUGUGGGGGGUGCUAUCCAGCGCCUGGUAUCUUAGCUCCCAAGAUGGACUCAAGGACGCAGGUUGCUCAUGUUUAUCAUUUCAUGUCCUGUUGGCAAGAAAUUCUCCAACAUUCUGUCUCUCCUGUGUCAGAGUAUGGAGAAAGAUUCCCCACACAGUGUAGGAUAGUUUUUUCUCACAUGUGCUGUUUUCUUUGGUUAGUAUGUAAGCUUAAGCAUAAAUAAGUCUUAAAGGCGAGAGAGUGGCACUGGUGGAGGGAGUUUGAAAGACCCCAGACUAUGUGCACAGGUGCAGGUGUCCAAACACUUUGAUGCGUCCUGUACCAUGAACCAGUAAUGAGUGGGAGAAAUAAUUGUCUUAGGUAAGCGUGACUUCGUAAAAGCUUGUGCAUAAAGAACCGUGAAAAGUGUGCCUGAUGGCCAUGGGACCUCCAGGCGUGAUGCCUCCCUGUGCCUUAUUCAGCACUAAAUGAAAAGAAAUGCU